AUGGCUUCGAACAAUAGUGUAUUUGACGAAUUGAAGGAAAGGUGGUUGGACGGAAAUAAACAGAUACAGAGCCCAGUCGCUAGGGAGACAAAGUUAUUCUGGAGUAUAGUACGCUGGAUUAAGGAAUUUCUUGGAGGAAAGAAUAAUAAGGAUCAUGAUGAAAUUGCUGAAGAUUGGUGUGAUACACUCACACUAGGAGAAAGGAAGUUAGAGCCAGAAGAACAGAAAGUUUGUAAAUUUAUUCUCCAGAAUUUGCUAAAAAUAAAAGAAGUUAGAGGAGCUAAAUGCGGGCAGCACGACAUUGACAAAGAAAUGGAAGAGUAUGUACACUGUGUAACACUGAAUUUAUGGUCAACUUUGUACCUAAAUAAGCACUGUGAUAAGAGGACUGUUGUGGAGACUGUAUACAAUACAAUGAAGAACAUGUGGGGCGCAUCUGGUGCAGGAACUAAAUGUGAAGGAUGUAAGUAUGGGCAUUUAGAUCCUAUGAAAGUACUGGAUCAGCCAAUGUUAGCAAUUAUUCUUAGGAUGAUACAGCAAAAUACGAAGGUUAUAACAUUAAUAAAUAGUGGACCAUUCCAGAAGAAUUGUAAUGAGGAAGAUAAGAGUGAUAGAUUAACAACAACAACAGUAAAUGAUCACCAACAACCACAUCAACAACCUACGAACGAAGCGGAAAAUGGUAAUGCAGCAAAUAGUGCAAAAAGUGGAUUAGACGAUAAAACUAGCAGAGCUCCUGCAGGUGGGGGGGAAUUUUUAUAUACUCUCGGACCCGGCGGAUUUAAAAUAAAGCAUGUUCCAAGUGAUGGGUCAAGUGCCAAGGAUGCUUUACUUCUGGUAAUUGGUGAUGUGGAACUUCCUAUUAUCCCUGAGGACGAACCGGAAAAAAAAGAGAAGUUGAUAGUGGUUUCUGAGCAACCAGAAGAGCCUACCUACGAUUACUGUGCCAAUAGUGGCAAACCAUGGGAUGUACGUUGGUCUAGUGCAGUAAGCUACUGGGUGAGGAAGGGAGACAAGAAUGAUCUGGUUGGAUUCUGGGAAUACAUGGAAAAGAUAUUUAAUGAUUUUGCUAAAUAUUUUGUGGAUGCUCAGACCGACGAGGAGGAUAGAAUAAAUACUAUUUUAGGGACAAUGUGCGGGGGUGACAUGAUAGAUAACUCGAAGGAGUGGUCAGAUUAUGAAGGGAUAUGUGAUAUCAUUGUUCAGACAUUAUAUAAGAUGUACCGAAAGGGAAAAACAGAUGGUACCCAUGGAAAGCAAGUAGAUGACCCGUUGAAGCAUUUUAUGGAAUGUACUAUGCUAAAUGUUAUUGUAACAAGAUUGCUGGAUAAUGAUUGUACGAAGGAGGACAACAUAAAAAAGAUCUUUAAUGCAGUAAAUGGAGCAUUAGGGGAUAUGAACGGACUUUUUAACAUAAGGAGUCCCAUAGAUAAAUGUAUACAAUGUAAUAGGGAAAAAUGGAACGGAUCAAGAACGGAAGAAAAGGAUGUCGAAGAAGAGAUAACACGCUGGCUCAACGAUAAAGAUGACAUUAAAAUUUGGAUGCAAAACAUAAAACAAAUGGAUGCAUGUCAAGGGAACUCAGAAGAAAAAACACAGUCGAAGAAAACGAAAACAGAGAUCAUACAGGACGCCAAAACAAUAGUGAACGAACAAGUAGAAGAAGUAAAGACAAAAUUGCACGAAGCGAAAAAAAAAGAAGGGAAAGGAGAACAGGCGAUCGUCGGGGAAACAGUACGCAAUGGUGACACUGCAACGAGGCAAGAUGUUCCACUACCCCAACAACUCCCACCCUCCACCUCAGCAACCCGACAAGAUGAGGACUGUAAGACUAAAGGUAAAUUAUGUGAUCGCGUGAAAUGUGUAGCAACGCAAUGGUUUAAGAUCAGGAAAUAUUCAGACACGAGAAAACAAAACUGGUGUACAUUUUGGAAUAAUGAUGUCCAGGGAAAAUUGACGAGUCUGUCUAAUGCUAUGACAUCUGAUAAAGGGGAGAGUGAUAAAUUAUGCGAAGACACAAAGGCGGGAACUAAAAUGAUGACGUCAGUAGAGAGAAGUGCAUGCCACUUCAUUGUUAGAGGAUUAAAGCAUACAUAUGGACUUUAUAGGGACCAGAAACAAGGGCAGAAUAACGCAAAAGAGAAGCAACAAUUUGAUCAAACUAUGUCCUGUGUCUUCUUGAACGCAUACGCGGAUCUCCUCAUAAGGAAAUCGGAGGGACACAUGUGUCCUAUCACAGAGGGAAUAAUACAAGAAAUGUUUCAGAAAGGAAAUUAUCAGAAGGAUGCUUUGUGUAAGGAUAGUGAUAAGAGUAAUUGUGUUACUUGCACAAGGGACACGAGCUAUGCAAGUUGCACACUAAGCGUGAAGGAAGACCUGGUCGAUAGAGGAAAAAGUGCAAGUUGCGAGGAGCACAAUGACAAAAUAGGGAAAAAAUUGAAGAAAAUGCUCGAGGAGGACAUCAACAUAGAACAAACUCUAACUACUAUAACUUCUACACUUAACUCUUUAUGUCACCGUGCUCAAUGUGUAACAGUUAAAUGGUUUGAAGACAGAAUAGGUUGGAGCGGGAACUGGAAAAUUAAACAAAAUUGGUGUACAUUUUGGGGAGCGGGGGAUGUCGGAAAAGUAUUGAGGGAAAUGUCUAAGGCUAUGACCGAAGGGGAUGGAACGGACGACUACCUAUGUGAGAACUCCACAGGAGAAAAUGGUGCAGCAGCAGCAAGGGAUCCAAGAAAAAAAGCAUGUCAAUAUAUUACUAAAGGUUUACAGUAUAUAUACAGCAUUAAGGAAGAAGAGAAACAAACGUACGAAAACCAGAAGAAAAAUAACAGAAUAUUUUAUCAAACUGUGGGAUGCCUCUUCCUGAAUGCAUAUGCAGAUAAAAUAAAAACAACUUGUUCAGACGUGGACGAAGACAAAAUAGUAUCAAUGUUUGAUAAAGGAAAUGAACAGAUUGAUAAUUGGUGUGAGGAAAAAAAUAAUCGUAAGGGUGAUUGUGUUCCUUGCACAAGGGAUACGAGCUAUGAAAAGUGCACACUAAGCGUGGAGGAAGCAUUGUUGAAUGAGACAGCAGGUAAAGAUUGCGAAAAUGACAGAAAUAAUAUAAAAUUGAAGUUGGAUAAAAUGCUCGACCCAACUAAGAACGGGGAUACAAAAGUACAGCCAGCACUGAAAGCAUUAAAUAACAUAUGUCAAACCAAACCACCAGCAGCUCCACCAAGUACACAAGAAGCAGGUAAGAAAGGAAGCUGCCCUGAUAUGGAUGGAGUUGAUACUUCCCAGGUGCCCAAGGAAAUUGCAUGUCCCAAGGAUGAAAUUCCAACUCGGAGUCUCCAAACUGAUCCGGUCGAUACUUAUCUUAUUGAAUCUACAGGUAAUGCUACGGUCAGUGUGGUGGCAGUUACAGAAAAUAAUACUCAGGACCCAGGACAACCCGGUUCCUCCGAUUCUAGCCACACUGAAGCUCCAGCAGGUAAAGGUGUUGCAGGACAACCUCCAGGUGGAAGUGCAGAUGGUCUCGCAGCACUAGCUGCUCCAACUCCUGCUUCAGGUGAAGAAGGGAAGGUAACUACGAGUAGUAAGGGGGAUAAUGAACCGAAACCUAAGGGCGACGAGCAAUAUGGUCAGGAUGCUGUUAGCAUUUCAGCAGAUCCAAGUCAGCAGGGUAACACUCAUCCAAAUGGAACCUUGAAUCCAGGUUCUUCCGGUACUGGUAGUCAAGCUGGUAGUGGUGGUCAAGCUGGUAGUGGUGGUCAAGCUGGUAUUGGUGGUCAAGGUGCAGGUGAUCCAGGUGGUUUACCUGGGGGGAGUGGUAGUCCACCGGGUGGUCUACCACAGGGACCACCUCCUCCAGGGAAACCUCAAGGACCACCACAACAAGGUGGUAAAAAACCACAAGGUCUACCAUCAGCAACAGCAGCAGCAGUACUACCGUUACCUGCAGUUAUUCCGGCUGUUAACAAGAUCGACCCUUCUGAUCUUACCCCUUACCUUCCUGUAAUCCCUGUCUUCAUUGGUACUUCUGUCAUAAGUUAUCUCCUCUGGAAGUACUUUGGAAUGCUUCGUAAAGCAAGAAAACGUUACAAAAGGGCUCCACAAAUACGUGAUCCCUCCUUAGAACAGCAGAUUGUUGACGAUGUGGACGACCAGGCAGAUGGUCCACAUGCAUAUACCUUGGUAAAGGAGCGAAAACCUCGUUAUAAGCCUAUAAAAAGGAGGAAAAAACAGGGCGUUGGUCGCCGUGGUGUAGGUCGCCGCAUGAUUAUUGAUAUUCAUUUAGAAGUCUUAGACGAAUGCCAAAAAGGGGACACCAAACUGGUUCAGGAGGAUUUUUUUGAAAUUUUGGUUCAAGAAUUUAUGGGAAGCAAUUUUAAGGAAGGAGAGAAUGCUCCUAAGGAACAGGUUGCAAGUUCAGAUUCCGGGUUUACGGAGGAAGACUUUGUUCCUAAGGAAGAGGUUCUUAUUUCAGAUUCCAGAUUUAGGGAGGAUGACUUUGUUCCAAAGGAAGAGGUUCCAAGUUCAGAUUCCGGUUUUAGGGAGGGAAGACUUUGUUCCUAA